AUGCUGCCUGCGCUGGUGCCGCUGGUGCUGCUAGCGCUGGCCCCAGCCGGGCCCGCCGCAGCACGUCGGCACGCGCCCGACUUGCGUGAGGACGAACCCGCGCGACGCAUCACACGGCCUGCUGAAUGCCAGUUUGGUAAACAAGCGAAAGAGUUAGGUUCCACAUGGUUCGCGGACCUGGGCCCUCCUUUCGGUGUGAUGUACUGCAUCAAAUGUGAGUGUAUGCCGGUACAAAAGAAACGUCGCGUGGUAGCUAAGGUCCAGUGUCGAAAUAUUAAGAAUGAGUGCCCUGAACCGUCUUGUGACACUCCGACUUUAUUGCCCGGGAGAUGCUGCAAGACAUGUCCAGGAGAUAUCAACUCACCAGACAUUGUACAAGAUGAUGGUCCUAUAUCUAUAAUAACCAACAAUGAAGAUGAAGAACUGAGUAUGAGACAUUUUGGGGCCUUAUUGACUGGUCGAUCUCCGCUGUGCAUCAGACGAGAUGAUAUGACGGGAGUUCCUGUGGCUCCAGGUGUGGCAACCGCAAGGUUUACUUUUCGACGUCGCCAUCUAUAUUGGUCUGUAAUAUUAGGAACGUCUGUUAACGUCCAGCCCCGUGCUUUGGCUUUUCUGGACAGAGGAGGACGCAUGCUCCUUGAACAUCCAAUAAAAAGAGCUGCAGGAAUACAUGCCACUUACGAGGAAAAAACUGAUAAGUUGUGUGGUGUCUGGCGUCGAGUGCCUCGCGACUACAAACGAAUACUGAGAGAAGGCUCUUUGUAUGUCGCCUUGAUUUGGGGUGACGAGCGUAACAAUUCUAUGGAAAGUGCAUUGAGUGGACGAAUAAAUAGAUAUCCAGCAUUAGCGACAGAAAUGUUCACGUCUUUGCUAGAACCGGAUCAUGUUCCAACAUCAUUUAGCAGUGGUCCAUGUGAUGAGUAUCGUGUACCGGGUAAAGAAGAGGGUUGGUGGGGAGGAACUGCUGUUGUAACUGGGGCAGCUGGUGCCGCUCCAAGUUUGCAUUUGGCGAUUGUAUACAAUGGUAUCUUCAUGCCUGCGGCGAGAGAUCAAUCAGUGAGAGUACUAUUGACACUGCCUGAGAGAAAUCAGACCAUUAUUGAUGAAGUCCAAAAGAUAAUUAAACCGGGGUACGAAUUAAAUGUUCUAGAAGUUUCCACACCUGUUUCCGCUGCGGAGUUACGUUCUUUAUCUCGUGGGAGACUACUAUUGUCAGUUGAAGCAAUGGGAACACCAGAUAGAAGAAUUUCUGGUAUUGUAAGACAGAGAGCUGCUUGUGAAGUCUUCCAUGCUCCGUUAAUGGCGGAAAGAUUACCAGCUACAUUGAUACCACAGGGAUUGGCCUUGGUUUAUAUUGAUAAAGAUGGAUCUCUUGUAUACGAUAUACAGGUAGAGAAUUUGAGUAUAAUCGACCCAAAGAUCACAUUGGUUGAAGAGCAAGGUAAACGUCAUUCACAAGUGGAGAUAUUAGAUACUAGAAUUGGAGUUCUAGCUCGACCCAGUGCCCGUAUCUUCCCUCCACUUUAUGAAGAUCAGCUUGCAGUCCAUAUUGGUUCUGAUACUGGUCCGCCAAUCCUGAGAGGUCGUUUACUGUCACGGCCACUGCCAGACGCAGCUAGUGAAGGGCCGUCAUUACUUCGGCGAACAGAUGCUCGAAUGCCACCAACUAUCAACCCAGUGGCUGGUCUUGCUUGGAUUGCUGUUGACGUUUUGUGCGGAUUAAAUUAUGAGGUUGUCAUAAAUGGUUACGGUGGGUCUUGGACUGCAUGGCUCGAAGGGAAUCCUAAUGGACCAAGAAUAUUACCUGGAAUAGAGGGUUCAAUUCUGGAACCAUCUCCUUCAGAACUACUGGCAUUGAAUUCUGGAUCAGCACAUCUUAAUAUACGAACUUCCGACAACGAUACUGAGUUUCUACGAACGCGGUUACCCCAGAUAAGCGUGCCACCUUCAUGUCUACCAGUAGGGUCGUAUUCUGACAAUGAGUUAAAUACCAACUACGCGCAAACACAUAUGAAUUCACCUCCACCAGACAAUUCGUUGUCUAACACGGCUUCUUGUUAUUAUGCCGGGAAGUCCUAUGAAGAUGGAUCACAGUGGAUGGCUGCAGAGUCAUGUCACAUGUGUGGGUGUGUUCAUGGCGCGCUUCGUUGUGACGCGGUACGAUGUCCCCCGGUCACCUGUGCUGUUCCCACUCUGCGUCCUCCAGGACAAUGCUGUCCAAUUUGCACCAACUCCACUAAAGCAGUAUGGAAUGAGUCUCAUGGUUGUCACCUCGCUGGACAGUACCAUGCACCCGGUUCCUCUUGGCAUCCUUACUUAGUACCUGGUGGUUACGACACAUGUGCGAUAUGUACGUGUGAGUUUGCAACACGACAAGUACGCUGUCCACGUGUUCGAUGUCCGCCUUUAAAAUGUGCUGAGAAGGAUGCCUACCGACCUGAUAAGAAGGCUUGUUGUAGAGUCUGUCCAGAAGUGAAAGCGAAGAAGACGGAAGAAGAUACACCAAAAGACCAAGGUACGCCGCGGACAGCUGAAGAGAUUUUAGCUGAAGGUGGAUGCAAGUUUCCAGAUGGUCCUUUGCCUAAUGGCAAAGAGGUUCAUCCAUCCAUACACUCCCAUGGCGAGCAGAGAUGCGUAACUUGCCGGUGCAAGGAUGGCGAAGUGACGUGCAUUCGUAAGAGAUGUUCACGGGCGGCGUGUGCACGGCGGCGACGAGGCGACGCGUGCUGCGCUUGCGCAAGACACCGCCGCCAGCGCGCCCCCCCUCCCCCGCCACCAAGUUGA